AUGGAGGAGCCUGACGAGAGCUUUCGCAGCGCCGUGGCUAGGUUCAGGGCUAGCCUGACCGACAAGCAGCGCGCCGAGUUCCAGACCUGCAGCCUGCGCCACGUCCAGGAUACCAUCCAGCAGCUGCAGAACACCCUAGCCGCCCAGAGACGCCAGCGAAACCUGCAGAGAAUGUCAAAGUUUGUCGAGGGGAUGAAGCAGCUGAGACAGGUCGUCGAAGUUUUUCUCAAUGUCGACAGCACUGUCGCUUUUAUCUGGGCGCCUAUCAAAUUUCUAUUGCUAGUCUGUGUGCUUGCUCUUAUUUCUCGAGCCGAGAUUGGCGACGUCCUUCCUGGACUAACCCAGUAUCGCAGUCUGCUCGACAAGCAUCCUCAGAUCAAGGUACAUCUCGAAAGCUACUACUGUGCUGUUUUGGAAUUCCACCGGAAGUCGCUCGACGUAUUUUCAAGGCCGGGAUGGAAGACAGCCUUUCACUCGUCGUGGAAGACAUUCAAAAGCCGGUUCGGGGGAACCUUGACAGACCUCAAGAGGUAUCGGGACCUCUUGUCCGACGAGAAAAUCACGGCUACAAUCAUCGAGGUUCGAGAAUCCCGUCAGUCCAUGGAGGAAUUCCACCAGUCCAUGAAAGGUAAACUCGACGAACCAUCUCGAAAUCUGCAAGAGCUUCACAUUGGAGAUCGCGAGAGUGAGGAACUGCGGUGCAGAGAGCAGCUGGACAAGAAGCGCCAGUUCGUUCUGUCGAAAUUGGACGCGCCCGACUACUAUUCGGACCUCGAGCGAGCAUCCAACGAGCAGCGGGGCACGACUUCUGGUGAACGGAUAUUUAGCCAUCCCACUUUCCAACAAUGGAUGGACAUGUCGACGGUUGAGCACAGGUCACUCUAUCUACACGGGAUUCCUGGGACUGGAAAGACCAUUCUCGUGUCGCGGGUAGUGGAAAAGCUCAAGCAACUUCAGGCUACAAGUCAAGAGUCUGGCUGCAGCACGACACUUGUCUAUUUCUUCUUUAAACACUCGCAAUCGGACAAGAGGACCCUGCCGGCACUCCUCCUCUCAAUACUCUGUCAGCUGGUAUUUCAGGACGAUGUUCUGCUAGACCAUGUCUACCGGAAAUGUCUCUCACUCGACCAGCACAAGGUCCGCUCAAAUGCUUUCUUGGAGGAUCUCGCAGCUGAGGCUCUGAAAUUUCAGCGAUUCUGUUUCGUUGUCGUCGAUGGUCUGGACGAAUGCGUUGGGGAAUCGCAAGUGAGCCGUGAGCAGAGCCAGAGAGAUGCGGUUGACUGGCUUGAGUCGGUCUUGGGGCAAAGGGACUCGCAAGGGACCGAUUCGGAUGACCGAAACAUCCGCUUGCUUGUAUCUGGUCAGCGUAAUGGCAUCCUGGAGGAGCGGCUUUCCUCAAGUCCAAACAUCCAGGUCGAGCUUGCCGGCGCCCAUAUCAGAGACAUUGAAGUCUACGCAGAGGCCAAAAGCCUGAUGAUACAGAAGAAGUUCUCCAUUGGCGACGAAAUACGCAAUGAUAUCAUCAAGAGAGUUUGCUCUGCGGCUCAAGGAAUGUUUCUCUACGCAAAGGUUGUUCUUGGAAAUCUCCUCGGUCAGCUUACGCGCGGUCACUUCAAGCGCGAGUUGAAAGCCGAGAACUUCCAAAAGGGACUGGACGAGGCUUACGAACGUGUUGUUAUUCACGUCCUGGAAAACCCCGACCAAGGCGAGCGAGAUGCCGCCAAGAAUAUCCUGGGACUGGUCAUUUGCGCCGAGCGACCUCUAAUGUGGAAGGAGAUCUAAAGCUACUUCUGUAUCGACAUUGAAGCCGGAACAGCUGACUUCGGCUUUCGGCUGCCGAUGCCAUGC